AUUGCUCUCCCACUAUAUUUUCUUGCUCUGUAUUGUUUACCAAUUCCACAUCAAGCUUGUCAGGGGACUAUGGAGAUAGAGGUGGCUGCAAGUAGUAGUAAUCAGAACUAUGGCAGUGGUGGUGGCGACAUGUAUUAUGAGAAGGCGGUGUAUGGUGGUGGAGGGAAGGGUGUAUACUUGGUGUGGGAGGAUCUGAAUGUGGUGCUGCCAAACUUUGGGAAUAAACCCACCAAAAGGUUGCUUCAAGGGCUUAAUGGGUUUGCUGAGCCUGGUAGGAUCAUGGCCAUCAUGGGUCCUUCUGGCUCUGGCAAAUCCACUCUUCUUGAUUCUCUUGCAGGUAGACUCUCCAGAAAUGUGGUCAUGACUGGAAAUAUUCUUUUGAAUGGGAAGAAAAGAAGACUAGAUUGUGGUGUUAUUGCUUAUGUGACCCAAGAGGAUGUGAUGUUGGGAACUCUAACAGUGAGAGAAACCAUAACCUACUCAGCUCAUCUGAGGCUCCCAAAUAACUUGACCAAAUAUGAAGUAAACGACAUUGUCAAUGGAACCAUCAUGUCCAUGGGUCUCCAAGAUUGUGCUGAUACCUUGAUAGGAAACUGGCAUUUGAGAGGUAUCAGUGGUGGGGAGAAGAAGAGACUGAGCAUCGCACUUGAGAUCCUCACAAUGCCACGAGUUUUGUUCCUCGAUGAACCUACCAGUGGCCUUGACAGUGCCUCUGCCUUCUUUGUGAUCCAAACUCUCAGGAGCAUUGCCCGUGGAGGAAGGACGGUUAUCUCUUCUAUUCACCAGCCUAGUAGUGAAGUGUUUGCAUUAUUUGAUGAUCUGUUCUUGCUAUCUGGUGGUGAAACUGUUUAUUUUGGAGAAGCAAAGAUGGCAGUAGAGUUCUUUGCUGAAGCUGGAUUUCCAUGCCCCAAAAGAAGAAAUCCUUCUGAUCACUUCCUGCGGUGUAUAAAUUCAGAUUUUGACACUGUAACAGCCACACUAAAAGGUUCUCAAAGACUUCGGGAGGAUCCAACAUCAUCAGAUCCUUUGAUGAAUAUGGCAACAGCACAGAUCAAGACAAUGCUUGUGGAAAGGUACAAGCGUUCCAAGUACGCAAAAAGGGCAAAGGCUAGGAUUCAAGAACUAUCCAACAUUAAAGGAGACGUGGAAACAGGGAGCCAAAGUGAAGCGAGAUGGUUGAAGCAGCUUUCAACAUUGACAGAACGAUCAUUUGUGAACAUGAGUAGGGAUGUGGGAUAUUACUGGGCAAGGAUAGUGAUAUACAUAGUUGUAUCCAUCUGUGUUGCCACUGUAUUCUUUGAUGUUGGCUACAGCUACACCUCUAUUCUUGCCCGGGUAGCUUGCGGUGCUUUUAUAACCGGAUUUAUGACAUUCAUGUCUAUUGGAGGCUUCCCAUCCUUCAUUGAAGAAAUGAAGGUUUUCUAUAAGGAAAGACUCAAUGGCUACUAUGGAGUUGCAGUAUACAUUCUAUCCAACUUCUUCUCUUCGUUCCCUUUCUUGGUUGCUAUUGCCCUUAUCAGUGGGACCAUAACAUUCUUCAUGGUGAAAUUCAGAACGGGAUUUUCACAUUAUGCGUUCUUCUGUCUUAAUAUCUUUUUUAGCAUAGCUGUUAUAGAGAGUCUAAUGAUGGUUGUGGCUUCAGUGGUUCCCAAUUAUUUGAUGGGGAUUGUAACCGGUGCUGGAAUUAUGGGAAUCUUAAUGAUGACUUCUGGAUUCUUCCGAUUGCUGCCUGAUCUCCCAAAACCAUUUUGGCGAUAUCCUGUCUCAUACAUUAGUUUUGGUGCUUGGGCACUUCAGGGUGCCUACAAAAAUGAUUUCCUUGGUCAGGAAUUUGAUCCUCUCUUUCCCGGAGGACCAAAAAUAUCAGGAGAGUACGUUGUUUCAAAGAUAUUCGGGGUAUCUGUAUCACGUUCCAAAUGGUGGGACUUAUCUGCAGUGGCACUCAUUCUUGUGUCUUACCGCCUUCUCUUCUUCAUUAUCCUUAAGUUUAAGGAAAAAGCUUCACCAUUGUUUAAGGACUUUUAUGCAAUGAUGACUACACAUUCACAGCAUCUUGAGAAAGUUCCUUCUUUCAGGGAAAUAACUUCUUUUGGUUCCAACAGGCACCAACCUCUCCAUUCACUGUCUUCUCAAGAGGGUCUCAACUCUCCUCUGCAGUAGAAGCAACAAUAGCAACCAUGUCAUACCUUGAGUUUAAACUAUGUAAUUGCUGUAACGUAUUUUCUGCUAUUCAUCAAUGUAUGAAAGUCCUAGAAUAGAGAGAAAUAAACGUAAAAAUGCAUACACAAAGUUUCUGAUUGAUUUUUAUGUAGAAGGGAUGUCUUCCCUUUUGAUCAAGAUAAUGAACAUCAAUUUAUGUG